AUGUUACGAUCCCAAAGGAAGAUAUCUGCAUCACAAGAAACCGAAAUAGAUUUAGCCGAAAAAUCUGGAAUCCGUCUUAAUGCUGCAUUUGAGCUCAUGGGUAAUGAAGUUGGUGGAAGGGAGUCACUUGGGUUCACAAAACUGGACCAAAAAAAUUAUUUGAGAACGAAGAGGCAAAACAGUUUAGCAUAUGGGGAGGCAGGUAGCAUUUUGCAAUAUUUUCGUGACAAAUCAUUGGAGAAUCCAUCUUUUUUUUACUCGGUCCAAUUAGAUAACGAGGAGCAGAUUACAAACAUAUUUUGGGCUGACGCUCAGAUGAUCAUGGAUUAUGGCCAAUUUGGUGAUGUUGUGACUUUCGACACUACUUACAAGUUAAAUAGUGCACAUAGACCAUUUGCGUCUUUUGUUGGAUUUAAUCAUCAUAGGGAAACUGUGAUAUUUGGUGCAGCUUUGAUGUAUGAUGAGACCGCCGAUUCUUUUGAUUCUGCAAUGGCUAAGGCCAUACCUAUUGUCAUGCCUAACACAACCCACCGCCUUUGCACUUGGCAUUUGAUGCAAAAUGCAUUAAGGUAUGCAAAUUCUAUCUUCAAGGAUAAGGCGAUGAAGGAUAAGGGGAUGAAGAGUGUUUUAUCCACAUUUAUGUACGACAUUGAGGAUGAGGAAGAGUUUACGUUAAAAUGGGAGGAAAUGCUUGACAAGUAUGAAGUAAGAGAUAAUCAUUGGUUGAAGUUAACAUUUGGGGUCAAGGAAAAAUGGGGUUGGCCAUAUGUUAGAAAUGCAUGGGGUGCGGGCAUGAGUAGCACCCAACUUAGUGAAUCCUUUAAUGCUUUCUUGAAGGAUUUCAUUCAGUCUGAUCAUAACUUAAUGUAA